UUUGACACAAGAGGCGGGCGUGUGUUGUUGAAGUAAUCUUUUUCAAAUUAAAUUAAUUGCUCUUUUCAAUGUCCUGAGUAUUACCAAUAAACAAGAAUUCGUCAGUAAUGAGUUAAAGUUAAUCUCUUUUUCUAGAGACGAACACUUUAUUCCCAAAAUGAGUAGGUGCGACUUUAAAAUAGUUUUGCUCGGGAGCGAGCAUGUAGGCAAAACUAGUUUAGUUUUAAGAUUUGUGAACUGCAGAUUUAACGGAGGCACUCCUUACCAAAACACGAUCGGGGCAGCUUUCUGUGCAAAAACGAUGCAGUCGAAUGGGAAAGAUUUCAACAUUGGCAUCUGGGACACAGCCGGCAGUGAACGGUACGAAGCGAUGACGCGUAUGUACUACCGAGGUGCGCACGCGGCGAUAGUGUGCUACGAGCCUUCCUGCUUAGAAUCCUGGGCGAGGCUGAGGCAUUGGUUGCAGGAAUUAAGGACUGUUGAGGAGGAGUGCAAGGUCUACCUCUGCGGCACCAAGAAGGACCUCCUAGACUCAGGACUGGUCUCCAGGGAAGUGCCAGAGGAUAUAAUCGCCACUUACUCUCAAGGGCAUAGAGGGCAUUACUUGACCUCAAGUAAAACGGGGGAGAAUGUUGAUGAGUUAUUCCAAAAGAUAGUGGACGACUGUGCAGCAGACAUGCGAUUAAUGAAAAACGUAGAAGAAUUACGACUCCAGCUGUUGAAGGAUGAAGCGAUAUACAAGUCCAAGAGGAAAGAGUUUUGCUCGUGUUGAUACUGCUUGAUGGACGGACGACCUUUUUUUAACCACAACUGGUAAGCUGGCCUGCAUCUCUCCUGAAGUCGUUAUGGUCAGGUAUAAAGAUUUUUGCGCGUGUUAAUACUGCCUGAUGGACGGACGACCUUUUUUAACAACAACUGGAAAGCUGGCCAAAGCACGAUCUCAUGAGUUUAUUUCAUCCAGUCGCUAAUAGCUAUCUUACUGAGGUCAUCGGUCCAUCGAGCAUUGCGUCCUCAAAAUUAAAUUCAGUAACUUACCACUCCGACUUAAAAAAAUAUUGUUUUCAACGUCAACGUUAAUUUGCUGGCAAAGUCUGUAUUCUAUCUUUCUCUUUUUCUCACUAUACUCAAUUGGUAGGUGUGAAAGAGACAAAUAUAUGCGACUCAGUAGGGAUGAUGAUUGGGUAAUGAAAUCGAAAUUCUAUUUAGUCCGUCAGACAUAUAAUAAAAAAAAUUUGGACACAUUUUUUUUUCAUAAUCGAAUAGUUACAGUAUUAUAUUGAGUUGAAACGUCGCGCGACGUCACUUUUGAUUAAAAAAUCUACUCAAGCGUGACGUAACGCGCCAUUUCAACUCGAUGUAGCACUGUUAUUAUUUAAAUAUGAAAGAAAAUAAGAACUAUGAGUAAUAUUUUCUAUUUAUCUGUCUGAUGGACAAAAAUGAGCCUUAUCACAAUGUAUGAGAGCUUUAUUUACUUUGAUCUCUCAGUUUGUUCUCAAAAGCUUCCAAAGCUGUAAGUAUUUAAUAUUAGUCUGUCUCUAUCUAUCUUCAAACGAACUGCAGCGAUAGCAUAUAUUUAAUGUAUUCCUAACCUAACCUUAACACCACGUGUUAAGGUUCAAAAUAUGGUGGUUAAUAUUUUCCACCUUGAAAAAUAGUACCUUCUGUAAUGUCAUAUCAUUUUGCUUGUAUGUGUGCUAAAUAAAUAAAAAGACUUAAAAAAGUAUUUAUACAGUGUGUCCGGGCAUGUAGUGAUCAAACUUUAAGGGCGUAAUCUAUGGACAAUUUUAUAGAUGAAAAUACUUUAAAUGGCAAUGCCAGAUUUUGUAUGGAAGGUGGCGUCUUUUUUUUUCGCGCGGCCAUCGACCAAACCUUGUUUUUUGAUUACAAAAUAGUGUAAUAAACCAAACUUACUAUGACAUGUAUACCUCUAAACUCAGUCUGAACAUUUUAUGUGUAAACAAACAAUACCAUCCAUUAUAGGCUCCAGCCAUCAGUGUGGAGCAGAAUCAACGCAAUAAAAAAAGACGGCACUAUAAAGUUAAACCCUCUGUAAUGAUAUAAAAUACAGUGAGUAAACUUAUUUUAAAAGGAUGCCAACGAUCCAACGAUGCAAAAUCAACUUAAAAGAAAUACUAUAAUGCUUUCAAUUUUAGGGAACAGUAUGUUGAAAUGUUUCUGUUUUUCACCUUAUUGUAAGUGAUUAAGGUUUAAAUUAUGGUGGCAGCAUAUCGAACAGAGCCAUAUAAAGGGUUAAUUUAACCCUUUUGUAGUCUCGGGAUCGGUUUUGUAAAAAUAUAUUGCUCUAGGUAAGAAUCGAUCCUGGACAUUUUAAAACACGCUGUAUUGUUACAUUUAUAUUUAAAGCUUUAAUUAUUGACUAAUUUUAACCUUAAAAAUAAGCUUGGACUGUAAACUUAGUUCUAAGUACAGAUAUGACUUAAAAAUACUUAAUAUAAUAUCUAAAUGACCAUGCAUAAGAUUAUACAGGGUGUCGCUUUAAGGUGAGUAUAGAUUAGAGCAGGGUUCUCCAAAAUACGGCCCGCGGGCCAUAUCCGACCCGCCACUGCCAUUAAUCCGGCCCACGACAGCUUAAGAC